AUGGUCGCAAUACGGCCAAUAGACCUCAAGGUCCAACCGGCACCCUAUCAGAUACGAUGUACGGUUCUUCAGAAAAUACUGAAGACCUUGGAAAAAUACCCGUCACCUGCGGCGAGUGUAGGAUGCCGAGCGGUGGAGUUGGAGGGCAAUGUGGCACGUAAGAGUGGCUCAAGUCAGAGCUACAGGUUCAACUCCAGCGUGCUUCUGCGGGAUUUGAUCAAAACAAAGGGCAAGCUUGAGGAUGCUGGAAACUCAGGUGUGCGGGCUGUCUCUAAAAGAUCCGCGAGUAAAGCCACGCUGACGAAAAGUAAAGUUGUAGGUCUCUUAGAAACGGUGCUGGUUAAGGAAGCUGAUCUGGUUGCAAAUGGUUACAACUUGGGGAUCGUGGAUCGGACUUCAGACCAACCCUUGCAGUUGCCAACAGAUUCGAGUUACAACUACAUUAGCUGCAUUCGCUGCAAUUCCAAGUUUGAUAAACUACAAAUCCUGAGUCCCGCAACAUGUCGCUUCCACGUUCAGCGCAAGCGGUACAACCGCGAGACGCGUGAGGGAGAGUACGUCUGUUGCGGGGAAACUACGUCGUCCACAUCUUUCCUUGCCCUAGGGUGUAAAACACUGCCUCACCACGUCUUCCGCGCAGAAACAUUUGAUGCAAUGGCCACAAUUUCGCCCUUUAAAGACACCAGUGAGAUUUCUGGUGACUCCAAUGUACUGGCGCUAGAUUGUGAAAUGGCCUUCACCUCUCUGGGAUACGAAAUGAUACGAUUGACAAUAGUCGACUUUUUCACAAGUAAAGUUGUAUUUGAUAGCAUUAUUAAGCCAUUCGGAGAAGUAAUCGAUCUAAAUUCGGAAUUCAGCGGUGUGCACACCAUAGACAAAGCCAAUUCCAUGACCUUCGAAGAAAUGCUAUCCCAGGUGCUCGAUAAGAAGAUGAUCAAUGGAAACAGCAUAUUGAUAGGGCACGGUAUGGAGAACGAUUUGAAUGUUUUGCGACUCAUUCACAGGAAAGUAAUCGAUACGGCCAUUCUUUACCCUAGAGGUAAGUUCAAAUCAUCUUUGAAAGAUCUGGCGUUCGAGGUUGUAAGCCAACGCAUACAAACUGGUGAGCACGAUAGUUCAGAAGACGCAAUAGCCACCAUGAACGUUCUAAAGGCCAAGUUAGAGAUUCCUUUGAAUCAAAAUAUGUGGACUUAG